AUGACUUCCUACGCAUGAUCUAACGGACAACAGGGCGCUCUUGUGUAAAGAUGAUCGCCUGGCUGGAUGCUACCUGGUUAUACCCCUUCAAGGGCAUUUACUAUUUCCUCAGACAUCCUUACCUCUACCCGCUCUUCAAGGCUCGACUGGUUCCUAUCAUACUACUUUCUGCAUUCAUCUAUGUCAACCUCUUCGUUUGGACUUUCUUGCCACAGGUGGCGUUCCUGGCCAUCUUUCACGGCCCAGGCGCAUGGCUGAACGCCACCUUCCUGGUGCUAGGAGAGGGCUCUGCGAUUGUCGCUUUGCUCUUUGAGGCUUUUUUCGUCGAUGAAACACUUGUUGACAUCUUCGAUGCUGUACUUAUUGACCAAGGGCUGGAGGAUCUUGUCAGUGAAGCUCGACUCCUCCACCAGGAUGGCCAAAACUCGGUGCAGAUGCUCGGAAACCCCACCACCUCAUCGAUCUACAGCCCCUUUAGCCUUCGCCAGAUCCUCGAAUUCGUUAUUCUCCUCCCUCUCAAUUUCAUACCAUUUGUCGGUGUGCCUCUCUUCUUGUUCCUCACCGGCUAUAGAGCUGGCCCUUUCCACCACUGGAGGUAUUUCAAACUGCUGGGACUGUCCAAAAAAGAUCGUACGGACUAUGUAAGAAAGAGGCAGUUAAAGUACACUUGGUUUGGAACUGUUGCACUAGCUCUUCAGCUGAUCCCUGUUCUGAGCAUGUUUUUUCUGCUCACUUCGGCAGCGGGGAGUGCUUUGUGGGCAGCGAAAAUGGAAAAGGCUCGCAGAGGUCGAGAAGCCAUCGCCUCGCCACACGGGGCAGAGUAUCACGACGACCCAGCGUAGCCAAUCAAGAUAUUAUAAUGCUAUGCCAUGCUUUUGGCAUGUUUCUCGACCGCAUCAGCAACCUCUUCCAAACUCUUCACAAUUACUGUUGGCCCGAUUCCAAGCCUAUCCUGCCAGCCGUUUCCUGCUCGAUCAACCCACGCUGCUUGCAUACCUACUGUUCGAGAUCCAGUAACAUCGAACGGGUUGCCAGAGACGAGCCACAUCUUGUCCAUCUCGUUCUUUUUGCCCAUCUUUUCAGCAAGGUGGAAAUAGGCCUCUGGGGCUGGUUUAUAUUUUUUCACGUCGUCAAUCGAGAUGAUACCCUUGAAGAUCGAAGAAUUAAGAUCCUCGGAACCGUGGACUGAGUUUGUUACCAUUGCAUUGGUCCCAUUAGAGAACACGACGCAUUCCACAUUGGAGUUAUCCUUGAGCCGCUUCAAGGCUGGAUUGACGUCUGGAAAGGUGGACAAGGAGUCAUAGGCCAGCAUCAAUUUAUCUAGAGCUGGGUCCUCGAGCCGAAGACCAUGUUCAGCCAAGGCAUGAAGCAGCGAGUUGCGAGUCACCUUGGAGAAGUCGUCAUACUUGUCUUCAUACAAAGUCAGCGAUCAGAUAUCCUC